AUUCAACCUUUAAUCAAUCGAAUUCUUGAACAUGUACGCCAGAAUCGCUUUAGCAGCCCUACUUGUAUGUGCUCUGUACGAUGGAGCCUACGCUAAUUUAGUAAACUGUGAAGAUCUCAACGAACCUGGUGUACUUGUAAGUUGGCUUUAUGAAGAAGCUCCACCAAAAGAGAACUUCACACUUAGAGCACCUGAAUAUGGAUAUACAGACUCGCCAAUCUCAUGUAUAUUUUUUGAUGCCCCUUCAGAUCUUUACAAUGUUGAAAUAUCAGACGGUGGUCUAGGUUGGCAAUACGUCGAAUUACAAAUUACACCAGUCGAGAAUCUCGAGGACGAUCGUCACCACCACCAUGAUGAUGACGAUGAUGACAAGCUCUAUUAUCAAUUAAGCGUUUUCAGACGACCAGAUAAUGAGAAUAUUGCCUAAGUUAUGAUGUAAAUCUGCUACUUUUAUUUUAUGAUAAAUAAAAAGCAUUUGUCA